CAGAAACAUAAACGGUCAAAAUGGGUUCCGAUUGUGGCGUUUGGCUGGCCAAAUACCUGCUAUGCUUAUUCAACUUCCUCUUUUUUGUCGUUGGCACAAUCGUGCUGGGCACUGGCAUCUGGCUGGCGGUCGACAAAGCCUCACUGAUUGCAUUGCUUAAGAUGGUGGAUAGCGAACACAUAAACGUGAGUAUACAUUUUUUUAAUUGAACUGCAACCACAUAUGUAAGUACAUA